GCUUAGAUGGCGAGUUAGCUAGCAAGUUAAACUGCCUUGUACAGAUUUAUUGUGCAGUGACAAUUGCAAAGAUUUCAAGUUAUGUAGCUGGCUAGCUAACAAGACUUUCGCGAUUGUAUGUUUAGCGAGCUAACAUUAAAAUAACAACACCUGUUCUAGUUAGUUAGCAAACGAUGUAGCAAGCGCCUCAGGCUUGACAGACAAGGAAUUUGCCCUGAAGUGGAUUGAUUCCUUCAAGAGCCAUGGGCAAACGGAGGAUGCCAGACCUGUAUAGGGCCCCCUUCCCCCUCUACACAAUCAAAGUGGACCCCAAAACAGGAUGGGUGAUCACUGCAGGAGGGGGAGGCGGUUCCAAGACAGGCAUAAAGAAUGCAGUGCACUUCCUGGGUUUGGAGUUGGUAGGAGAUCAGCACUGUGCCACCCUGGUGCACUCUCAUGACACAGACACGCGUGCCACCAUGAACCUGGCAAUAGGCGGGGACGUGAUCGCCGCAGGGCAGGACGGCAGAUGCAGUCUCAUGCGCUUCAGACAACGCCAGCCCAGCGGCAAGGCCGCAGCCAAAGACUCAGGGGGUGGCAGUGAGCAGGGUGCAGCUAGGAGACGUGCUGGGAAAGGGGGUAAGGGUAGUGAGGGAGCUGCUGCUAGGGGCAAUUUGUCUGAGAUGAAUGAUAACACCACCCAGAUCUCUGUUGACACGUUUGGGGAGGUGCAGUCGGACCUCAACCCCCAGGACCCCCUCCAGAAGUGUGUGAGGUUCAGUCCUGAUCUCAGCCUCCUAUUGACUGGCGGGACAGACGGACACAUCAGAGUGUGGGAGUACCCCUCCUUAAAAGAGAAGUUGGACUUCAAAGCCCACGAGGGGGAAAUUGAAGACUUGGACAUCAGUCCGAAUAACAAGCACCUUGUGACGGUGGGCCGGGACUUUGCCUGCAGUAUAUGGAGUGGCAACCAGCUAGCCAUGAGCCUCUGUUGGCAUGAGAAGAUGCCUCAGAUAGCAGCAAAGUCAUACCGCUAUAUGUCUUGCAGGUUUGGAAAAGUCGAGGACCAGAAAGACACCCUGAGGCUCUACACCGUCCAGAUCCCCCACAAACGAGACAGAAAACCUCCACAAUGCUACCUCUCUAAAUGGGACGGCCAGAAUUUCCUACCCAUGCUGACGAACCCCUGCGGCACUGAGGUCAUCUCCACCCUGGCUGUCAGUGACUCUGGAACUUUUCUCGGCCUUGGGACAGUGACGGGAUCAGUAGCAAUCUAUGUCGCCUUUUCACUACAGAAGUUGUACUAUGUGCAGGAGUCCCACGGCAUUGUGGUGACCGAUCUGGCUUUCCUGCCUGACACUCCCAAAGGCCAGAGCCUCAAAGGGAACAACGAGGCAGCCAUGUUGAGUGUGGCUGUGGACAGCCGCUGUCAGAUGCACACGGUACGAAACCGAAGAUCCUUGCCUAUCUGGCUGGUGCUGUUCUUCUGUGGCCUCAUGGUGGUGGGAGCCGUCCUGCUCCUGCAGCACCUCUUCCCAGGAUUAAUUUAGACAUUGACGGGGAUGUUAAUUGGAGGGAGAAUGAAGGAAUCCCAGACCGCCCUACAAUCAUCUUCAACAACCACAACCUCUGAGGAACUCCCCUGACGCAACUCAACCCUGGGACAUGCAUCCAUCUCCUACCUAUAGCCAUCUUACCACACUUACCGGACCGUGGAACAUUUUAACCACACUUGCCCAACCCUGGACUACAUCUACUAGAGCCAUUUACCCACUCUUAACUCUAUCCUCCCAACCCAACAGCAUUCCCUAUAUCAAUGACAAUACCGUAACCAAUAUUUGUAUCCCCCAUCCUUCCCUGUCACCCCUAGCCCUGAUUCAGGACAGCCCAGUGAACCAUCCUGGCUCCUUCCACCCACAAUUCUGCAAGACUCAAGAAUUUCUGUUUUUUUCUUGAUCUGUAUCAAUCAGUCAUAAUCUUCUUUUUGAUUUUAUACCAUGGUGGGGAGUUAAGGGCUCAGCUUCAGUUCUAUAUCAUCAUGAAUGUGCAAGGGGUGGGGCUUUUUUUAUCAUAGAUAUUUAAGAAAAUGUAAAAUUAUAAAUAUAAAAUGUGAAUCAUU